ACAGACCUGCUUCCAGGUUACAGAUGCCCGCAGGGGAAAGAGAGGCUCCGGGUACAGAGGUCUGAGGGAUGGGCAGCCUCUGGUCCGUGCAGAACUGAGAGCAGCAGCUGGAAGUUUCCCGGGAGAGCAGAUGUUGUCAGUGAAGACAAGACCCCGUUGACCCACGUGUGCUGGGCCCAGCCCGGACCUGAGCUGGACCCUUUGUCCCACGUGCUGGCUUGUGCUGUGCUGAGCAGGGCACGGCCAGGGUCCUCGGAGACCCAAAGCCACGUGGCAGUGCAGGCAGGCCCGGAUCCUGUCCUGUGCCCUUUUGCAGCGGCAGCAAACCAUUGCUUCUACUCAGGCUAUGGCAAUGCCAGUCAAUCUGACACCUGUGGCUUCCCGAAGUGGCCUGUGGCCUCUGAAAAACACCCGGGCACCUGCACACCUUCUCAGCCUUCACCGGGGUCUGAGCAUCUUCCAGCAGCACGUGGAUGCGCGUCUUGUCUGCACGGGCAAGUUGGCUGCUCCCUGCUCAGCUCUGCAGGGAAUGGAGGGAGACGGCCGAAAUCUCCCCGGGCAAAGGGAGCAGCGUCCCAGGAGCUGACGGCUUCAAAGAAAGCAAAGGCUCCCCUGCCUGAGGAUGUGCAGAAGGAGAAGGCAGCGCUGCUGGAGGAGCAGAGGAGUCCGGCGAAAAAGCUCCCGCGGGGCCAGCAGGAAGACGGCGAGAGAUGGAGGGGGAAGGCGGCCACCCAGGCUGAGAGGCUGACCCAAGGUGUUGGGAGCCAGGUGCCAGGGCAGAGCGACGUGGAGCAUGAGCUGCAGUUGGAUGCACUGAAGCGGCAGCAUGCUGAAGCCCUCCAAGACCUGCAGCAGACGCACGACCAGGAGAAGCUGCUCCUGACCGAAUCCUACCAGCAGACCCAGGCGUCCUUACAGGAGAUGAUCGAGAAGCUGAACUCCCAGCUGAAAUCCUUCCAGGAGAGAAUGAAGCGGGUGGAGGAGUCUAUCUUGAGUCGGGACUACAAGAAACACUUACAGGAUUACGGGAGCCCCAGCCAGUUCUGGGAGCAGGAGCUGGAGAGCCUGCACUUCGUCAUCGAGAUGAAGAACGAGCGCAUCCACCAGCUGGACAAGAAGCUGCUGAACCUGGACCUGUGGUGGAAAGGAACCUGCAGCUGGAAGAGAAGGUGAAAGCCCUGCAGCAGGAGAAUGAGGACCUGCAAGUUCGGACGGAGAAACACUUGAUCAUGACCAGGCAGCUGUCGGAGGAGCUGCUGGCCACGCGGGGCGCGCUGGAGAAGGAGUCGCAGCUGCGGGAGCAGGUGCACCGGGAAAAGGAGGAGCUGCUGUACCGUGUCCUUAAUGGCGAUGCACCCACCACCUUCCCACUG